AUGAGAGCAUCGACUUUUUCUAAGCCCAAAUCAAGGGUCGAUCGGCUCUUCGAGUUUCUCCAGCAACCAGACGUGGAUGCACUGAACCAGUUCCUCCCUUGUGGCUACGAUUUUGCUAGACCUACCAAGGACAUGCUCUUAGCAAUCCAAUUCACUGUUUUCGAAUGCGGAGGAAUAAGAAGAAGUGAUUGUUCUGACAAAGAGGUUUCUAUUAAUACGCAGAACAUAGCCAAACUUAGAGCUAGAGCCCCGGGGGACUUGCGUCCCACUCGAGUUGAGGCAGCCACAGCUCUCAUCUGGCGGAUUAUCAUGAAGGCUCAACGUAAGCCCGGGACAGUACGGGCAUCCAUACCGUUGCUUCCUGUCAGUUUGCGAAGCAGGAUGGUCCCGCUCUUGCUAGAUCAUUCGUUUGGAAAUCUUUGCGUCGAUGCAGUUUCUUCAUGGGUGUCAGAUGGAGAGUGCAAUGACGACUUGCAGCUUUGCUUAGAGAGGCUGUUGAGGUAUUCGAUAAGAAAAAUCGGCCGUGAGUACAUAGCUGAAUUGCGAGGACGGGACGGGUUGAUAAAGGCAUUUGAGAAAUACUCAAAAUGUAGCAUGGACAUUUGCUGUUUUACCAGUCAUUGUAGGUUCCCGUACUAUGAAGCGGAUUUUGGUUGGGGAAGGCCCAUCUGGAUCAGCAGUGCGAAUAUUCCUUUUAAGAAUCUCAUCAUCUUGAUGGGAAGGAGAUAG